UAAUAAUACAUUGUUUUCGGAACUUUAAUCGACUAACAAAUUACGAUAUAUAUACACAAUGAGCACUACAGUAAACCCUACUCUCUUAUGGGCCCAGCGUUCCAAUGCUACUGAGGCUGAAAAGAAUGUUCUUUACGUAACUAUUCAAGUCACAGACCCUGUUGAUGUUAAGGUCGAUUUGACCAGCACCACCUUGGAAUUCUCUGCUUAUACCAGCGACAAGAAGACUCACUACCAAUUGAAGCUCGAUCUUUUUGCUGAGAUUGACGUCGAACACAGUAAGAAAAACACCGAUUCCGGUUCUCAUGUGUACUUGGUUUUGAGAAAGAAGGUUGCUCAAGAAGAAUACUGGCCACGUUUGACCAAGGAAAAGGUGCGUUUACAUUACCUUAAGACCGAUUUCGACAAGUGGGUUGAUGAAGACGAACAAGAUGAACAACCAGAAGAAGAUGAAACUGCUGGUAUGCAAGGAAUGGGAGGUAUGCCAGGUAUGGGUGGCAUGGGAGGAAUGCCAGGUAUGCCAGGUAUGGGUGGCAUGGGCGGCAUGCCAGGUAUGGAAGGUUUAGGUGGUAUGGGAGGUGCCGGUGGUGACAUGGACUUUGCCAAGUUGAUGCAACAAAUGGGUGGCAUGGGAGGUGCUGGUGGUCCAGGUGGUGACUUUGACAUCAGUAAAUUGGCCAGUCAAUUGGGUCAAGCUGGUGCCAACCUUGACGGCAUCAAUGCUGAAGAUGAUGAAGAUGACGAAGCCGAAGCUGAAGUUGAAGAAGUGAAGUAAAUUCGAUGAGAUUCAUGUAUUAAAUAAAAAUAUUUCUUGUAUACAAAUACCAAUUAGG